GAACAAAACUACUUUCCUCCUUUUGUUUAUUCUUAAUUACCUAGAGCUCUCAAACAGAGAGAUGGGUAGAGCAAACCCAGAAAUCUCAAUCAUUCCCCAAAAUUUGACUAAAGAGAGUCGUAAAUCUGAGUUUGAUUCGAGUUUAUCUGAUAUGGUGUUUGGGUUUCUUGAUCAUGAGGAUGGUGAGAGAUUGCAAGAGAGCAGAUUUAAUAGCCAAGAAAGUGAAGAAUUUCUUGAUGAAGAUGAAGAGAAUGAAAACAAUGAUGGCGUUGAAGAGGACAAGAGUUUCUGGUCCCAUCAGAAGCAGCUUCUCCAGGAUACCUUAUGCAGAACAAGCUCUCUUGAAUCAAGAAUUAGAAAUGUAACCAAGGAAGCAUUGAAGGACAUACAAAUGUCAGGGACAAUUUGUGGGUGUGGAAGACCAAUGGUGGGCGGCUGCCGGAAUUGCCUCAUGAGAGAAGUUUCCGGCCGCCUCCAAAAUUCCGGGUUCAAUAGUGCCAUUUGUAGGUCAAAGUGGAGAAACUCUCCAGAUAUGCCUUCAGGGGAGCAUACAUUCAUAGAUGUGAUGGACAAUUCAAAUAUUAAUAAUAGAGGGGGAGUAAGGGUGAUCAUCGAACUAAAUUUCCGGGCCGAGUUUGAGAUGGCGAGAGCAAGUGAAGAUUACAACGGAUUAGUCCGGCAAUUACCAGAAGUUUUUGCUGGGAAAAUUGAGAGAUUAAACAAUGUAAUAAAGAUAUUGUGUUUGGGUGCUAAGAAAUGCAUGAAGGAGAAGAAAAUUCACAUGGGGCCAUGGAGAAAACACAGGUACAUGCAGGCUAAGUGGCUUAGAACAUGUGAGCGGAUCACACCGAGUAUGCAGAACUUGUCGAUGGGAUAUGGAAGUGGUCGAUUGCAGAAGCCCAAGGCAUCGAUGCUGACUGUGGAUUUGCUUGAUAUGUUGCCUAAUAUGCAUCGUACAGCCGUUGCAGUUUUGUGAGUUUAAUUUGCAGUUUUGAUUACUUUGUAAUCCUGAAAAAGGGGCCGGGUUGAAUAUUAAUAUGUAAACUAAAGAGAUGUAUAUAUUGGGGGAUGAUGAGUAAAUAAUAACAUGCUCUUGCUUUUCUUCUUUCUUUUGAUUA